AGAGCCUGCAUCGACUUUGCCAUCAAUGCUAAACCUCUGACGUGCUACAUGCCCGAGAACACGCAGUCCUUUCAGUACAGGAUGUGGAAAUUUGUAGUCUCUGCUCCCUUUGAGUACUCCAUCAUGAUCAUGAUCACCCUCAACACCAUGGUUCUCAUGAUGAAGUUCCAUGGAGCUCCUGACUUCUAUGAAGUGAUGCUGAAGAAUCUGAACAUUGUCUUCACCACUCUCUUCUCCUUGGAGUGUAUCCUGAAGAUCAUUGCUUUUGGUCCACUGAACUACCUAAAAGACGCCUGGAAUGUGUUUGACUUUGUGACAGUUUUGGGCAGCAUCACGGACAUCCUUGUGACUGAAAUCAACUAUCUCACCUUUGUCCAGCAGGACAGACUUCUGAACCUGAGCUUCCUGCGACUGUUCAGAGCUGCUCGCCUCAUCAAGCUCCUCAGGCAGGGCUACACCAUUCGCAUCCUGCUGUGGACCUUUGUUCAGUCCUUCAAGGCGCUGCCGUAUGUUUGCCUGCUUAUCGCCAUGCUCUUCUUCAUUUAUGCCAUCAUCGGGAUGCAGGUUUUUGGUAACAUUGACCUAAAUGAGGACACAGCCAUCAGUCACCACAACAACUUCCGUACAUUCCUCCAGGCUCUAAUGCUCCUCUUCAGGAGUGCGACUGGUGAGGCCUGGCAUGAGAUCAUGUUGUCAUGUUUGGGUCAUCGAGCCUGUGAUGAACGUUCAGGUACCCAUGGAAAAGAGUGCGGCAGCGAUUUUGCCUACUUCUACUUCGUCUCCUUCAUCUUCCUCUGCUCCUUCCUGAUGCUGAACCUCUUUGUGGCUGUCAUCAUGGAUAAUUUUGACUACCUCACCAGAGACUCCUCCAUCCUGGGACCUCAUCACCUAGAUGAGUUUAUCCGGGUCUGGGCCGAGUAUGACCCAGCUGCAUGUGGGAUGUUUGCAUUUGUAGUUUGCAUGCUGAGGCAGACAUCCCAAGAUUCAAGAUUCAAGAUCGCUGGGGUAACAUAG